UAAAAAUUAGAAAUUGAUCAUUAAAAGUUAACCUUAUUUUUAUUACCAACGGUUUUUUGUAAAAUUGAUAUAUUUUUGUUUUUUAAUUAAUAUGAAUGAAUAUAUGACAAUAGAAAAAUCAAAUAUAUUGAACUAUUAUGUUAUCAAUGGUGUUUGAUAUUGAUGGAGUAUUUAUCAGAUAGAACAAAUUUUUAGAUAAAAAGACAAUUUUCGUGAAAAGAAAUUAUAAUUUUAUAUGUAAAAUAUUAAAAUCUAAAAAAUGAGUUCUCAUCAUGAAUUGAACAUAUCAAUUGAACAUCCAAUUUCUGGUGAUAUAGAUCAUAUUAAGACACUUUCUGAAGAUAUUGGUGCUCUUUAUCUUUCAGAUGAUUAUUCAGAUGUUACUUUAAUUGUUGGUGGACAAAGAUUCAAUAGUCACAAAAUUAUUUUAGCUGCACGUAGCCAAUAUUUCAGAGCUCUUCUGUUUGGUGGUUUAAAAGAAUCCACACAACAUGAAAUUGAAUUAAAAGAUGCUAAUCUAACUGGAUUUAAAGGUUUACUUGAAUACAUAUAUACAGGACGAAUGUCUCUUACAGACCGACGUGAAGAGGUUGUAUUGGAUAUUCUUGGAUUAGCACAUCUUUAUGGAUUUUCAGAAUUAGAAACGUCCAUAUCAGAUUAUCUUAAAGAAAUAUUGAAUAUAAAAAAUGUUUGUCUCAUAUUUGGUGCAGCACUUCUUUAUCGAUUAGAAUUUCUUACUAAGGUUUGUCAUGAAUACAUGGAUGAACAUGCAUGUGAAGUAAUUCAGCAUGAGAGUUUUUUACAAUUAAGUGCUGAUGCUUUGAAUGAAUUAGUAUCAAGAGAUUCUUUUUAUGCGCCAGAAAUUGAUAUCUUUUUAGCUGUAAGAGCAUGGGUGAAUGCAAAUCCUGAUACUGAUGGCAAAAAUGUUUUAGAUAAGGUACGAUUAAACUUAGUUUCAAUCACGGAUCUUUUAAAUGUUGUUCGGCCAACUGGAUUAAUUUCUCCAGAAGCAAUCUUAGAUGCAAUAGCUGCAAGAACACAAACACGUGAUUCAGAUCUUAAUUAUCGUGGUCGGUUACUUAUUGAUGUGAAUGUUGCCCAUCCUAUGCAUGGUGCUCAAGUUCUACAGGGUGAAAUGCGAAGCUAUCUUUUAGAUGGAGAUACAAAUAAUUAUGAUAUGGAACGCGGAUAUACUAGACAUACCAUUACUGAAUCACGAGAACAUGGUAUUUUAGUUAAAUUAGGAACUCAGUGCAUCAUCAAUCAUAUUAAAAUGUUGCUUUGGGAUAAAGAUAUGCGUUCAUAUUCUUACUAUGUAGAAGUUUCUAUGGAUCAAAAAAAUUGGGUUCGAGUUAUUGAUUAUACAGAAUAUUUUUGUCGCAGUUGGCAAUAUUUAUACUUUGAACCAAGAAUAGUUCUUUAUAUUCGUAUUGUUGGAACAAAUAAUACUGUAAACAAAGUUUUUCAUCUUGUAAGUUUUGAAGCAUAUUAUACAAAUCAUACAGAAAAACUUCAUAAUGGUUUUGUUAUUCCAACACGAAAUGUUGCUACUAUGGAUCAAAGUGCAACUGUUACAGAAGGUGUUUGUAGAUCUCGAAAUGCACUAUUAAAUGGUGAUACAUCUAAUUAUGAUUGGGAUAGUGGAUACACAUGUCAUCAAGUUGGAUCUGGUUCUAUUUUAGUACAACUUGGACAACCAUAUAUUAUAGAUUCUAUGCGAUUAUUACUGUGGGAUUGCGAUGAUCGUUCAUAUUCUUAUUACAUAGAGGUAUCUGGUAAUUCUUGGAGUUGGGUUCUAGUUGCUGAUAAAACUAGAGAAGCUUGUCGUUCAUGGCAAACAAUACAUUUUGAACCUGCUCGUCCUGUUGUUUUUAUACGUAUUGUUGGAACACACAAUACUGCAAAUGAGGUUUUUCACUGUGUUCAUUUUGAAUGUCCUGCUCAAGUAAAUGAUAAAAUUGUAAAUAAAUCUAUGGUAAACAAAGGAAAGCAAUCAAAAAGUCAUGAUUCUGUGCUUUGGUCAUAUGUAUCACAACCUCCAGAAACGGCUACAGAAGCAGUGAAUAUCGAUCAUGAAGAAACAAAUUCAACAGAUGUUUUUUGGGACAAUUAAUUAAUUGAGAAUAAACCAUUGUGUAAAAUUUUGUUGAUACUUCAAAGACUAUAAAAUUAAAUUUUUGUUUGUUUUCUGUAAACUUUCUGUAUUAAAAUGCUUGUAUAGUAGUAGUAGUAAUGAUUGUAUAAAUAAUUGUAAAAUAAAUUUUUAAUUCAA